AAAUAAAACCCUAAUUUCGGUGCCACUACUUUCCCUCUCUCUUCACUCGCCCUCCCAGCAAUUCGUACUCGUACGCGUGUUUCCAUCUCCUCGCUCUCUCUCUGUCUCUCUCUCUCUCUCUCUACAGUUCGUACUCAAACGCGAGGUUUCUAAUUAAUGGCGCCUUCAGGCGAAGGAGCAUCAGCGGCCGCGCCCUCCUCCGCCUACGAAGGCGGCGGCGACGGUGUUGGAGGGAAGUUCCGGAAGCGUCCCUUUAGGAAGACGCAUACGACUCCGUACGAUCGGCCUCCCACCGCCCUCCGAAACCCUAGCUGGCUCUCCAAACUCCUGGUGGACCCUGCUUCGAAGCUCAUCGCCGCUAGCGCUGAGCGGUUCUUUGCGCCUCUUUUUCGCAAACGCCUUCCCCCGCCCCCUUCCCUCCCUCCACCGCUUCCAGAGUCAAACCAAGAUUCAAGUGACAGGAAUCCAGAUGCUGGUCUAAAAGCUGAAGCACGAGCAGCACCUGUUGGUGAUGGUGAAAAUUUUACUCACAGCACUGAUGGUGGUAGUAUCUCAGAGCUCGAGCAAUUGUUAAAGCAAAAAACAUUCACCAGAUCUGAAAUUGAUCAUUUGACAGAACUGUUGCAUUCAAGAGCUGUAGAUUUACCUGUUGAGGAUGGUGUUAGAGGAACUGAACAUGCCUCAAAAAUGGUUGCAAAUUUUGAAGGGCAGCAUCAGCAAAUAAUUUCAUCAGAAGAAAAAAGGAAUAAAAGUUACAGAUCUCAUGGGCUUGAUUCAGCUCCUGGUACCAGUAGAAGGGUUCUUGAGGAUGAUAUUGCUUCUCCUGCUGAGAUUGCUAAAGCUUAUAUGGGCAAUCAGGUUUCAAAAGUAUCACCUUCAAUGCUGGGAUUGCGCAGUCGUGCAGUAAGGGAAGAUGUGGCCAUGCGAAGGAAUGUACCAUUUACUCCAACAUCUGCUAUGAUUUCAUUGCCAACAAAAUCAAUUGCUCAUGUUGAGGUUCCAGAAAAUGGUUUUACCACUCCUAGAUCUCGAGGUAGAUCUGCAAUAUAUAACAUGGCUCGUACCCCAUAUUCAAGAGUUCACCCCGCUCUUGAUAAGGGAAGUGGAUCCAGGAAUUAUGCUUAUGGAGGACCUUUGUUGUCAGCAUCAUCCCUAAAGGAGCCUGAUGGGGACCUUGGAUCUAGAAAACUGGAUCUCAAGCGAAGGAGUUCUGUACUAGACGAAGAUCUUGGGUCCGUUGGUCCGAUGCGGAGAAUCCGCCAAAAGCAUAAUUUGUUAUCUCAUAAACAUCCCCCUGCUCAUGGAUUUGGAAGUGUUUCUGAUGCAGUUAAAUAUCCUUUAGCUCUGAACCAGAAGUUCCCUUCAAAGGAUGACUGGAAGCAUGAAGGUCCAAAAGGUGUUGGAGAAAAUGAUGUUAAUCGCACUCCAAGGACAAGUUAUGUCCAUGUACCUCCCAAGUCCAGCGAGAUGGCUGCAAGAAUAUUGGAACAUCUUGAGAAGAUGACCCCAAAAGAGAAAUCUGCGGAGUCCAAACUCAUUACUGCAAGGGAGAAGACACCUGCUAGAUUGACAACAGAUAUGCUUCGUGGACAGGCUCUUAAAAGCCUGGAGCAUACGGAUUCCUUAAAGUUGCAGCAGGGCAAUGAAGAUAACCAUAAGUUGGAGGAUUGGUCCCAGAGCAAUUCACUUUGUGUUCCUGCUUCUGCAAAGGAGGAGAGAAAAGAAGUAAAUGGCUCUGAAAAAUUAGAUUCUCAACAUGACUUGCCAACUCCUGUAGAGAACAGCCAUAUCACAGCUUCAGUAAAAGGUGUAUUGUCUACUGUUGAAACAUCUGAUUCAGUUGCAAAAUCUGUAGUUCACCGUCCUCAAAAGAAACGGGCUUUUAUGAUGAGUGCUCAUGAGGAUUCCCUGGAGUUGGAGGAUGACAUAAACUUAAGACCUGCAUCUGAACCUUUGCGUGAAGGGAGAGAAAAUCAAGAAACAUCUGCUACAAAUAAAAGUUCAUCUACUGCUGAAAAACUGGCACCAGAGAACGCUGCAGCUUUGCCUGAAAUAAGGACAUCUCCAGAACUUAUAUCUGGUAAAAGAAGCGACUUCGAAAUUGGCAAUGCUGUGGAUGUUGGUAAAGAAAAAACGCUAGUUACUCCAUCACCCUUGGGACUGGAGAACCCAAAGCAAGGAAUUCACGAAGUUACAACAUUCCAGAGUUCUUCCUUGUUAGUUGCUGAAAUUUCAGGCCCAAAAGCAUUCCCUUGGACCAAUCAAAAAGCAGAAAUUUCAAUUAGUUCGGAUGGUGCUGCCACUGGCACUGGUGUGACUAGUGCUUCUUUUGGAACUCUUGGGUCUGGGAAAGCCAAUGACAUUAAUUCUCCUGAGGCUGCUAUAUCAAAUGGGAGAAUGGCUAAUACGCAUUCUGUUGCAUUGAGCUUAACAGCAUCUGGAGGCAUGUCAUCAAUUGUUCCAAUGAGUUCAAAUAAUGGGCCUUUGGCCAUAAACUCUUCUCCCUUCUCAUUCCCACCUGCUCCAGCUUCCACUGCUUUGCAAUACUCUAAGUUGUGCGCUACAGCAUCAACCUCUGCUGCCUCAAGUAGUAGCCCUGUUUUGUCUACUGCAGUUCCUUCAUCUCCGGUGAUGCCUAUCUUCAAAUUUGGGGACUCUACUGAACCAUUAUCUUCAGCAACUUCAGCGUCUAGUGCAGAAACAUCAGUUAUGAAUAUAAGAACAGAAAAAGAAGCAAUUUCUGGCAGCUCAAGUGAUUUACUUUCUGGCAAUUCUUCCUUUGCCUCGGUAGCAACUGGAAGUAACAUUUUUGGCUUGACUUCUACAAUUGUAUCUUCUAUAGCUAACAGCCAGUCUCAGGGUUCUUUUCCCAGCACCGGCAUGCCUAAUCAGUUUGGUUCCUCUGCAUCACCUUCAGUUCUUGGAACUUCUGGACACUUCAGCCUCCUCGCGGAGACCAAGUCAGUCAGCGCAGGAAAUGGUGCAACUUCUAGCAUCUUUACUUUGGGGAUCAAUGCUCCAUCUUCUUCAUCAAUAACCAAUGCAAUCAGCUCAAAUGGUGUUGGUGGUGCGCCUGCUGCAUUCAGUUUUGGUACAAGUUCUUUGGCUACCUCUUCAUCUGCAAAUGCAACUAGCUCUAGCAGUGGUGCUACUCCCAUCUUUAAUUUUGGUAGCAGUAACAUGGUUAGCUCCAGUUCUGGUGGUGGCUCUAGUAUAUUUGGUGUCAGCAAUUUUUCUUCCUCUUCUGAAAGUAAUCCUGCUAGCUCUAGCAGUGCUGCUGCUAGCAUUUUUGGUUCCAGUUGGCAAGCUUCAAAGUCUUCUUCCCCCUUUGGUUCCACAUUCAGUUCAUCUCCUUCAACUGGUUUCUCCUUUGGAGUGGGCUCAUCUCCCUUUGGUAGUAGUAGCUCUGCGUCCAUUGCUUUUGGGGCAUCCACUGGUGCCUCACAUGGAUCUUUCUCCUUCAAUACAGCCUCUUCUACAACCACGUCUUCGCCAUCUGUGUUUAACGCAGCACCAACUUUUGGUAACUCUACUACUGCCUUUACAGCUCCCGCAGGAAAUAAUGACCAGAUGAACACAGAAGACAGCAUGGCUGAGGAUCCUGUGCAGUCAUCGAUGCCAGCACUUCCAUCGAUGCCAGCACUUCCUGCUUUUGGUCAACAGGCUAUUUCGCCUUCCCCUGGUGGCUUUGUUUUUGGAUCAACAGUUGCGUCACAGACUACUCCAUUUCAGUUUGGUGGGCAACCGAGUCAAGCGGCUCAGCAGAACCCUUCUCCUUUCCAAGCAUCAGGAAGUGCGGAGUUCAAUGCUGGAGGAAGCUUUUCUCUUGGCAGUGGCGGCGUUGGUGCAGACAAGUCUGGUAGGAAGAUUGUGAAAGUUAGCAGAAGCAGACAUCGAAAGAAGUGAUGCUUCAAAAUAGACUGUGGGAGUCAGUACAUGGAUGCCAUUGUUUUAUGUAUUUUUCUUUUCGCAUCUGUUGACUGUCAAAUUUCAAAAGGCAUUAAAUGUCUUGAUUAAUGUCGCAAUUUUGGAUGCGUGUAAUGAAUGAGCCCAAAGAAGGUUGUAAUGUAUGCGUUAUAGGACAAAUACUUCAUGGUCUCAGGUCAUGAAAUGGUGCUGUAGGCCUUGAUUGGUGUACGAUUUUGUAACAUAAAGAAAUGAAUUUCGAUAUCCUAGAGCCUAUGCAGGUUGUCAUCA